CAAACAAGAAAGGCCCUAUAAUUAACGUAGUGGUGCAUAACUAGUUUUGAACCUUCUCUUCUUGGACUCAUGGAGUUUUUGCCAGUGGUUUUAGAAAGAUAACCAUUACGUGAACCAGGCUGUUACUUGGUGGUAGUGUUUCUAAUCUAAGAGAGAUUUUGGAAAGCGUGUUUCUGUGACGAUAGCGAGCUGUAGUACAGGAAGAGGAUGCUGCUCUGCUCUCUUUACUAAAAAGUCUCCAGACACAGAGGAGGAUUUCUGCUUUUUAGGGUUAUUCGGCUUGGAUGUGACUGAAACUGAGGUGAGAGAUGGAAUGACGCACAACAGCAGAAUUCACCACAUUAACCACUUCCUGCUGUCUCUCGGCACAGCGCAGGUCUAGAUGAAGACAGAGUGAUAGACCAGAGAGGUUCUGUGCGACCUGAAGGCUGCUACGUGGAACACAAGGUCUUCGCCUGAACUAUCGUCUGAACGGGCUCUCGCCGUCUCGUAGGAUGGACACCAGCUCCAACUCCACUGGGCCUUCAAAUGGCUGCACGGUCAACGAUCAAAUGAAGCCCUUUACCAUCUUUUAUGCCUUCAUCUUCCUGAUCGGACUGGUGGGGAGCCUGCUGGCACUAUGGGCAUUCAUCCGCAGCAGCAAAGCCAAGAAAUGCAUGAACGUAUACCUAAUUAACCUGCUGGUCUCCGACUUCCUGCUCACGUUGGCCCUGCCCUUCAAGAUAGCGGUCGACCUGGAAGUGGCUCCCUGGCGCCUCAAGAUCUUCCACUGCCAGGUUUCGGCCGUGCUCAUCUACAUCAGCUUGUACGCCUCCAUCAUCUUCCUGGCCUUCGUCAGCGCCGACCGCUACCUGCAGAUCACCCAGAGCUCUCGGCUCUACCGCAUUCAGGAGGUGGGCUUCGCCAGGAUGAUGUCGGUCGUGGUGUGGGCGCUGGUGCUGUUCGUCAUGGUGCCCAACAUGGCCAUCCCCAUCAAAGACAUCCCGGAGAAAACGCUGGUCACCUGCGCCGAGUUCAAGCAGGAGCUGGGGCUGCACUGGCACAUGCUCACCAACUUCCUGUGCAUGGCCAUCUUCCUGAACACCUCGUCCGCCGUGCUGGUGUCCAACGGCUUCGUGCUGAAGCGUCUGUGGGGCAGUCGCGACAGCAGUGGCGAGGAGCGGGCCAACGCUCGCCAGGCCACGCGCAACAUCGCCGUGGUGACGCUGGCCUACAUGGUGUGCUUCGUGCCGUACCACAGCGUACGCACGCCGUACGUGUUCACCCAGAACAAGGUCAUCACCAGCUGCGCGGUGAGUCGACACCUCUUCCUGGCCAAGGAGUCCACGCUGCUGCUGGCCGUGAUGCACCUCUGCUUGGACCCCAUCCUGUACUUCUACCUCUCCCAUUCCUUCAGACAGAGGCUCACCGAGGCCUUCCAGCCCAGGCGGAACACUUUCACCUCAGCCCGGAGACCAGGGCAGCCCCAGGAGCAGGUCACUGAGGGAGAAAUAGAGGACUCUUUUCAGAGCUUGCAAUGCAAAACAGGCAAACAGGAGAUAACCCUGUAGGGCAUACCGUGAGGUGUGGGAGAACUGGAAAGUGUUCAUUAAAAAAAAAAGAGAGAGAGAGGGAGAGCUGGAAACCCACAUUAAAAAAAAUCAUGUGAGUGUUGCAAAGAGGUGAGACAGAUAACCAGUCUGUUUCCCAGAAAGGUUAUUCAAGACUUAUAACUGCUGGUUAUUACUAGGAAACCAGUCAUUUACUGAGUAUAUGUGAGAGGAGAUUUGAAUGAUCUUUUCAGAGUAAAGAUGUUUUUUCCUCAUUACCACCUAAGUGAUAGAAAUGUUGAACACAUUAUACAUACACACAUACACACACGCACAACCAUGCCUCUGACAUACGUACCUAUAUAUCCAUACAUAAGACACGUAAUAUUAAAAUAAUAUUUCAUAAUGACAUUCAUAUUUUCUAAGGAGUACUCUAGCCAAUCGAAUUUGUGACAAUACUAAGGAAUGAUUUCAAGGAAGGAGCCUACAGCCUCACCAUCACAAUUCUUAAUUCUCCUGUACUGUGUCACUAUAGUACGUAUGAGUGGAAAAUGCAAAUGCUGUAAGGCUAUUUCCUCUAAAUUUAGCUGGUGUUCUUUGAAAUGUAAAAAAGGAACAUGAGAACAAUUUUAGCCACAACAGAGACACUCAAGACUCAAAUGUUGAAAUAGAAAUCUUUAAAGUUACAAGAUAAUUUUCUGACUAAUUUUUUGUGACAAACAGUAAAGAGAGUAAUUGACGCAACAAACUACCUCAAACCACAACACUGUUUAUCCCAUCCCUUUUCUGUGAACACGCUGUGGCAAUUAGAAGCCAUUUUAAACCAGUGAGCUUGGAUUAUUGUACAGCUGCACAACAUUUUGGUACAGAGUGUCGGUGUCUCAACUGUAUAUUUUGAAACCCAAAUUUAAGGACUAAUAAACAUGGGCAGAGAGUGAGUCACUUUUUCAAUGAUAGGAAGGGAUUUACAACGGUCAUUUUUGCACACAAAAAUCUUACCUAUUGUACCUUUAAGUAACACGCACACAUACAGUAGACACACACACACACAUACACACACACACACACAUGCAGUUACAGCUAAAGCUACAGUUCAGCUUCUUUUCACUGUCAUGGUUCUCAAGGAUUUGAAAAUAAUUCAAGUGAAUAAGGCAUCGGACAUAUGCAGACAAAGGUGAUAAAUGUGAAAAAAUUUAAGGAGAAACCAAAUAAAGUUUCUCAGUAUAGUGUUGGGCCACCAUGAGCUGGAAGAACAGCUUCAACAGCUUCUCUUGUACUGUACCUGCACCAAGAAAGUGAUGGAACACACCUGACUAAUCAAAAACCCCUCCGAAGCCAUUUGUCCCAAAUAUUACGGCACCCUGUAAUGGGAGGAUAAAAGUGUAUAAAAAUUUAUUUAAAAAAAUACUGUUUAAUAAAAGUUGAAAAUCUGAAUUGUUGGAUAACAAAUUGACAA